AGAAUUUCUCUUUCACCUCUAGGUCACAUCCUACCUGUGGGGCAUAGCCACUAAUCUCAUUAUACAUAACGCCGUCAAUUUCAAGUUUCAGCCUCAUCACUUGAUCUGAUACUCUUUUCACCUCCAAGACAUUCUUAGCCAACUCUUCUUUUAAAAUAACCCCGACUCCAUUUCUCUUCCCAACAACACCAUGGUAAAAUUAUUUAAACCCUGCCUCUAAACUUCUAGCCUAACUGCCUUUCCACCUGGUCUCCUGGACACACAGUAUAUCAACCUUUCUCCUAAUCAUCAUGUUAACCAACUCCCGAGAUUUUCCUGGCAUAGUCCCAACAUUCAAAGUUCCCACAUUCAAUUAUCGGGUCUGUGCUUUCCUCUUCUCUUUCUGCUUAACAACCCGCUUUCCACCUCUUCUUCAUCUUCGACCCACAGUAGCUGAAUUUCCACCGGCGCCCCACAGGUUGACGGUGCCGGUGGCGGACGUUGUUAACCCGGGCCACGACCGAUCCGGUAUGGAAUUCUUUGAAUGAACGCUCAUAUUUGUUUGGCAAAGUUUUAAGCCGAUGCCCUUCCUGACGCAACCCUCUGCAUUUAUCCGGGCCUGGGACCGGCCUAGUUUGCACUGGCUUGUGCCCCCCAUAGGGCUGCAUUUGUUCGUGACAAGCAAUGGUCUCCAUAAAUUUAGUGACAGUACUCUCAUUUAUGUACCUUUUCUUAAUAGACAUAGAGGUUGUCUGAACUUUUGGAAGAAUCUGUAAUUCAAUGAAUACACAAAAAUGGUCAGAAAUAGCCACAUCCUUAACGUCAAUUGAUAGACGCGUGUGCGGUAUUUGAAAUAAAGGAAGUACCGUAUGUUCAAUGUGUUGCAAUGAAUUAAACACUGGCUGGUGUGGAAGGGAAUGAGACAUGCCUUUAUCAUUAUCAUAGGCAUUUUAUUCCCGAAAAUAUCUGUAGGUGAACAGUUAUGUAUUUAAGUCAUAUAAUAGCCAACUCUUAGUUAAGUUGGUUUGGGUUAUGCCACAGAUUUUGCAAUUAAAUUCAAAUCAAAAUGGUGUCACAACAGACAACCUAAACUAUUUUUCUCCCUCGCUCCCCUCCUCUCUCUCUCUCUUUCUCUCUCUCUCUCUCUCUCUCUCUCUCUCUCUCUCUCUCUCGGAAGUGAUUGCCUUUCAAAAUAAGAGCAUAUUUUCCAAUCUGGAAAAUAUCAAUACAAGACAAAAAUUUAAUUGAUAGCAUAUAAAAAAUCUUAAUGUAUACUAUUUCGUAUAUAACAAGGGGGAUGAGGGUCGUAAUAGCGUAAAAAUAUUUGAGCAAUAAACCAGAAUCGCUCUCUUAGUUAGACUACCUUUCCUAGCCAAGUCACCGGACAUAGUCUGGAUGGGAGUAUUCCCGCUAGCUUUACAAUAGCUAGCUUGUUGAUAAGCACGUUUAUAUAUAUACACUUCAAGAGCAAAUAUCAUUUUUUGAACGUUCAGACUCAUCUGGAAGUUGGGAGCUGAGAGGUGAAUAGAAAGCAGCAGAGGAACCACUGACGCUGUUUUGUGGAGGAUGUCUUCAACAUUACUCUUCAACCAAGACAGUGUUAUACGCUUUAAAAAAAGGAAAGCCCGUUUCACUUUCAGUGAGGUCCACAUACUUUUGGAUGAAGUGAGGAAACAUCGCGCUGUGGUCGUGGGAAAAUUCAACCGCGGUGUGGGAACGGACGUUAAGAAGCGCACAUGGGCUGAAAUUGCAGCCCGUGUCAAUGAGAUUGGCGAGUGCCAGCGAGAGGUCAUUGAGGUCGUUAAGAAAUGGUCAGACCUGAAGUGUGACACCAAGCGGAAAGUUGCUGCCAUGCGGUCGGGCAAGGUGCCAAACCGGGGCAUCAACUCACGUCUUUCUAAAGACCUUAACCAAACAGAGAAAGUAGUGCUCCAGAUUCUGGAGAUGGAUCAGGAAGACCAGAUCAACAGUGACUUAGGCCCCCUUUGCGAUGAUGACUAUGUUGAAGAAAUGGAUGAGGACGACAUGGUUGGAAUGCAGAGUUCACCCAACGGUGCUGACGAGUUGUCAAUGCCUCCACCGAUGUCCUACUCUUCAAGUGGAUUUGCCCAGUCAGGGGACUCAUCACAGACUGCCUUUGAUAUGCAGUUUGAAAUACCUGCUUCAGAAGACUGGGAUGAUGACCCCAAAGAUGAUGCGCUACCCUCAAGUCAGGCUACGAAACUACAAGGGGAUCACCAAGGAAACAAUGGCCUCCAGAAACAAGAACAACCUCAUAUUUCCUCUGGGGCUUCAACCUCGACAGCCUCACUUCCGAUCACUGGUCAGCCCGGCGUAAAUGCGAGGGAAACCAUGCUACAAAAUGCGUCACUUAGCCUCCAGGAGCAGCAUGCCACCAACAUCCUGCUGGAAACGGUUUCCCGCUCCCUGGAGCUUCUGUCUGAGUCAGUGCAGCAGCUAGCAGAGACGCAGCAGGAGUUUGUGCGAGAGUCCCUGCAACUCCAAAGAGAAACAGUCCAGGUGCUUAGAGACUUUACAGGGAGCACCAUCACUCUCAUGCAUGAUAAACUGAAUGGACGGCCUGCAUUAUAGCAUCAAGUUGCCAGAUGUAUCCCUGACUUUAUACAGUAUAUGGCCUUCAGCCUCUAAAACCUUCAAUUUCCUUUGGAUUUUACACUGGUUACUGUAUUUAUGACAAUACUCGACAGAUAUUCCAUUAUUGGUGGAUACAAUUUAUUGUUAGAAAUAACUCCUGUCUGAGGAGUUUAAUUGAACUGUUUGUUUUGCUACUGAGAGUGAUACUUCUGUCACUGCAUUGUAAAGUAUGUAUCACUUUUCUAAGGCUUUCGUUGUUUUAUUGCUGGUAUUCAAGAAUGCUCAUUGAAUUUGAGGUGUGUCAUAUUCAGCGCGUUCUGUCCAUAAGUGUUCCCUUGUGUCUGUGUAUAGAGUAUCACUUGUACUGUAACCUUGAGUAGUUUUCAGCACCUGACCAUUAUAUGGUCCAUAUAUCUUAAAGCUAUACUUCUUAUUUUUAAAUCCUAUCCUGCAUUAUAUAUUAGAAUAUCCAAAAAUGAAACAUUUUCUUUUAGGCGUUGAAUAAACUAUGUGUAAACAUUU